CAAAUACAUACGCCCAUCAAAAUCCUUACGGCUAAAGGAUAAAUGCCAAGAGCAGUCCUAGGGAUGAUUUUUAGCACUUUGCCACAGGCUAUGAACCAUACUACAUGUCUUCUUUAGGGUGAGGUCCCCAGCAGGAUUUAUUUCUGCGUCAAGGAAGAUUAUAGCUAAUAGGAUUUGCUUCCUGGAGGCUAUUGGCAUGUUUGGUGCAAACCCUGCAGAGUGCUCUUAAAGGAGAAUAUGGACACUAUUUGUCGUAUUUUUCUUCUUCUUCUGGCCUUCCACAAGAUAAACUCAUCUGUUUCAUCUUGUGUCACAGGAUGUUCUUGUUCUCAGGACAGCUUUGGAAGGAGUUUGCUCUGCAUGUCUGCACUGCUGAGGCAAAUCCCUGCAAACAUCCCUCAGGACAUCCGGAAAAUUAGAAUAGAAAAUUCCCACCUAACAGAAUUGCCUCGCGGCUCUUUUGAGAAUGUUAGUGCCUUGGAGUAUCUCUGGCUCAAUUUUAAUAACAUUACGGUGAUGCACAUCAAAAGCCUGGAAUAUCUUCCGGCUCUGAAGGAGCUGCGCUUGCAAGGGAACAAAUUAAGUUCGGUGCCAUGGACAGCAUUUCAAGAUACCCCAGCUCUGAAAAUCCUGGAUCUGAAGCACAACCGGCUGGAUGUCCUUCCAGAACACGCGCUCCGCUAUCUGCCCAACCUGACCUAUUUAGAUCUCUCCUCAAAUCAGCUUACUGUCAUAUCUAGGGAUGUCUUCUACAGCUGGCCUGUCUACCAGAGAAGCAAAAGGGCGGCGGGACAGAUAGAAGAUAUUUCCAAUGCUGUCCUGGCCCUUCAUGACAACCCUUGGAUUUGUGACUGUCGCCUGAGGGGCUUUGUUGAGUUUAUCAAGUCGGUUGGCCCGCCUAUUAUUCUGAUGAAUUCCUAUUUAACUUGCACAAGCCCGAAAUUCAGAGCUGGAAAGUUUUUUCAUGAAGUAGAGCUCAACAGCUGUACAAAGCCCCUAACCUCAGCCCUUGAGACAAACCUGACAGUCCCAGUCGGGCUGAACGUCACCCUGACCUGCUUUGUGCAAGCCAGCCCUUCCCCAGCUGUCUGGUGGACCUAUGCACUCAAACUUUUAAGGGCAUUUAAUGUGUCCACCGAGCCCAUCAGCGAGGAGACUGUGCGCUCAGAGCUGCUCAUCCUGGCGGCGCGGCCGGCGGAUGCUGGCAACUACACCUGCACAGCUGCCAACUUCUUGGGUAACUCCUCAGAGAUGAUCAGCCUCCACGUGGUGUCCCCGUGGUCAUCCACCACCUCAUUGAGCUGGGACCCUAUCGCCCCUGCCGAGCCGGGUGCCCACGUACAAGUGCGCAUUGCCAAGCAGACAGUCUAUGGCAUCACUCUGGAGUGGUUUGCAGCAGCAGCGGCAGCAGCAGAUCCGGGUGAGACCUGGUACACCCUUCUUGUGGGCCGCUACGAUGCUGCUCAGAAGGACACCAUCUACAUCGGCCCCGGCGUCAACACCUACUCGGUGACUGACCUGCUCCCUGCCACCAAGUACGAGGUCUGCGUGGCCGUGCGCAACCAGGCACCCCGCAAAGGCCAGUGCGUCGUCUUCGUCACGGGCAGCGAUGUCAGUCAGCUGGAGCAACGCGAGAAGCUCAUCCACAUUGUUGUCAUCGUCUGCGCCAUGGUGCUGGCCGUGCCCGCUGGCAUGUACGCCUGCACUGCCGAGGCUCGUCCUGGAUGCUUGGCACGCUGCCCUGGCGCCUGCCUUCGCCGUCGGCGCGGGGGCCAGGCUCAGGCUGCCGGCAGCAAGGAGAGCACGCUGGACAGCCUGCCUGCUGGCAGCGAGGAUGGGCUCUGCCAGGAUGGUCGCAAUGCUCGGCGGGCACCAGCCCGUGAGGAGCCUGGCAAGACCCGGCCACCCCACAGGAACAGCGCUGACCUCUACUAGACUGGCCCCCGCCCAGCGGCACCUCGUGCAGAUGACCUCGAGACACAGCACCUGCUGCUUUUCUUGAAGUACCAUGCAAGGAAGCCUCUGUGCUGCAAGGACUCGGGCAUGGCAGGGUGCAUGGCCAGGACUUGCAGCAGGCUUGGGAAGCUCUGGGAAUGGGUGAGCCUGGGGAAGCGUGGCCACAGGUGUGUGGCUGUGCUCCUGCACCCCUGGGCUGCUUCCAGGGCACUGUCACAGAGCAACGCACACAGACAUGUGAGAAAAUCAGCAUUAACGAAAAAAAAAACCCACCCAGAACCAAUAGCAAUGCAUGUGGCAAAAGGUGAAAAGUCUCCCCUUGCUCACUUCCACAGGCUGUCUUUUUGACCUUUAUUUAUUUUACCCAGCUGGUGGUCUGUCGGGGAGGCUUGUCUGCAGCUCUCUGCUGGCUUCUCCUGUAUGCUGCCUCGUAGGAGCAGAUCAGGCAAGCCAGGGCAGGGUUUUGGUCAUCACUAGCAACAAAAAAAGGUGGGGAAAUUUGGGUCAGCGGGAUGGACCUAUUAGAUUGGUGCAAAAAUAAUUGCUGGUUUUGCCAUUGUAAACUGUGAUGCUUAUUUUGGUUUAAACAUUUAUUUAACUGUGUUCAUGUAGUACAUGUUUUUAAAAUGCAAAACUCACUCUUCUUAUUUACGUUAAUAUUUUUGUUUUCACUGUUUAGUCUUUUCAUAUUACACUGUUAAAUUACAACAGGAAAAAAGCAAAUUUGAGAGAUUUUGUUUUACGAUUUCAAGUAGGAUGUAAAGCAGCAGAAACUGCUAACAAUACCAACCAAGCAUUUGGCCAGGGGAACUGUCAAAAACCCCAUAAGCUCAACACUGGUUCCAAAAAUUUCAUAAUGGAAACAAGAGUCUUGAAGAUGGAGGAGGGUUGUGGACAUCCUUCUGCAAUAGACAACAACCACUUGAAGGUCAGUAUUGAAGCAGACCCAUGCAAAACAACUCGAGAGGUUGCACAAGAAUGAAAUUUUGACCAUUCAACAGUAGUUUGACAUUUGCAUCAAACUGGAAAAUCAAGAGAAGUUGAAAAAUGGGUGUUGCACAAGCUGAACAAAUAUUGCUGUUACAAAGUCUGUUCUGUGCUGCUUUUGCACAACAAAACCAGGCCCUUUCUUGAUCGUGUUGUGACAUGGGACAAAACAUGGAUUCUAUACAACAAUCAAUGGCAUUUCACACAGUGGCUGGACUGAGGCGAAGCACCAAAAUUCUUCCCCAAACUGAAGCUCCAUCAAAAGAAGGUCACGGUCCCUCCUGGGUGGUCAGCAAGUGGAAUCAUCUACUGCUUCUUCUUGAAUCCUGAUAAGACCAUCACAGCCUACAAGUAUUGCCAGGAAAUCAACAAAAUACCUCCAGAACUGCAAUGUUUACAUGCAACGCUGUUCAAUCAAAAAGGACCAGUGCUUCUCCAUGGCAACAGUAGACCACGUCUUGCAAAUGACUCUGGAGAAAGAACUGGGCUAUGAAACUCUACCUCGCCCAGCUUAGUCACCAGACCUGAUUACCACAUUUUCAAGAGUCUCAACAACUUACUGCGAGAGGUUUUUCCACAACCAAGCAGCAAUUCAAAAUGCCUUUGAAGAAUUCAUCAAUUCCAGGACUUCUCUGCUACCAGCCUCAACAGACUCCUUUCUUCUGGGCAAAAAUGUGUGGAUUCUAAUGGUUCUUCUUCCAACUAAGAAAUUUAAUUCUAAGCUGACAUAUAAUGCUUUAAAGUUGAUGUGCACAACCAGCAAUUAUUUUUGCACCAACCUAAAAUUUUGUUUCAUUUGGAGCAAAGCUUUUAUUAUUUUGGAUCAGAGGUGUUAGUGUUGGUUUUGAGAGUGGAGUGUUUUUUUCCUUUGUUUGCUUUGCUUUGUUUUGUUGGAGUUUUUCUUACUCCACCUUAAGAUUCACACUCCCCUAAGAGGUUCACAGCCUUGGUUGUACCACAAACAGGAAGAGUGUGAACCCUUAACAAACACCAGUGUAAUGUUGCUGCAGCACAGGGUUUCAUGGGUUUUGAGUUAUUUUAUUUUUUGUACUAGGAAGGAUGGGAGGGCUUUUUAUUUGUGUCCAAACAUAUCUUAGAGGACCAUAGUAGAUUCACACUAGCAGUACCUACCCACUCCUAAUGGUUAUUGCUACACAAGUGCUGUGUUAAUAUAUUCUUUUUAAAGUUAAGAACAAAAGAUAGUGAAAAAUGAACAGUUUCUCUUUUGCAGGCAGACACUCAACUGCUCUUUUCACUUCUACUCUCCCCACCUUUCAUCUCUUUCUUCCCAGGAUGACGGGGUGAUGCAAGAAGCUACAGGGAUGCUCCACCUGACCUAGGCCAGAGGGAUCAGGGGCAGAGAUGUUGGUGGAGCUGGGAUGAAGUGAAGGUGCAAGUCAGGCACUUUCCCAAAAUGCAGAUGAGCUGCCUGCCUGCCCUACAGCUUUGAAAACACAGAUUACCUCCUUCUAGUGGUAAAAAUUCCCAAAUAUGCAUGUAAAAAUAACCAGCUCCUGCUCUCAGAGCAGGUCACGCUGUGUUACUUGGGAUAUGUGAGGACGUGACUUAUUUUUGUCUUUUUUUGGCCUCACGCUUUCCAGCACAUCCAAAGCACCUGGCCAGUAGACCCAAAUCCCUUGUCCUCUGUAUUGUUAACAGCCAGCCUCAAAAAAAAAAAAAAAAGAAACAAGGUAGAGUAGAAACCUCAGCUGUAAGAAGAGAAAAAGCCUAAUGUGAACUUCACUACAGGGCAGUUUGGCUUUCUAGUUGUAUUUUGGUUUUUGCUUUGUGCUUUCCAUGCUGUUUCUCCUCAGGGCCCAUGUUUCCUUCCCCAGUACCACCUUUUGCUCUAACUUGCUGCACAGCUAUUGAACACGGACCUGUUUUGUCAGUGGUGACUCUCGAUGUUAUCCUUCAUGGGCCUUCCUCAUCUUGUCAGUCUCUUAGUGUCAAAGUAAUAAACACAACAGAUUUUCAGAAUACACAGGUGUCCUU